CUUGUCGGGUCUGGAAGACGGCCUUUUGGAACAAGAUGGCCCGGUAUAGGAACGGGGUUCCGUGCCCCACUCAAUGUGACCCCAAGCUCCAGUCAACAGGUGACACCAACUGGGAUUCCUACGCUACCACGAUGAAGACAGCAUUCACACCUAAAAGAGGGAUAGUGCCUGAGUUAAUACGCCCAAAGAGCACCAGAAGAUUAGGAUAUACUUACUCGCUUAGUGAUCCUAUUCUGAAUGAGACCCAAUACCAUGAUGAGUAUACCUGGAAACUACGUUCUAAAGAAAAUAUGGUAAAAACUGGGACUUCAAGAGGAGUAAGGAACCACAAAACUCAUCCCGGUCAAGAAUCCGUUCAGUGGACACACCCUAGAGGGAACCAAAAGCAACAGCUCCCUUGGAUAGAGCCUCCUUCCAUGGAAAAGGUACAGGAUGCAAUAGCCAGUCAGUUCAUCUCCCGUACCAAGAGAGACUUCGUGGACCUGACUCAAAUUAAGAAGAUCAUGAAAAGUUUAAAAAGGUCCCGGGACUGGAAAUCAUCCCUUCCCCGGCCUCUGGACACUGAAUUUCGAUAUAAUUACCAAAUUCCCGCUAAGAUUCCCGAAUUGAAGGAUUUUAGUUUCAAAUACGGAUGCUACUCAAGCCUGCCUAUUCCUUCCCAGGGUCUAGUGCCGUCUGUGCUGCGAAGCUUCUUGGAGAACCAGGAACGCACAAAGAAGCAGACCACGUACGAGAGUGACUACGGGAAAGCCUGCCUUGACGUCCUGACCAUCUUAGACUCAUUCACGCCCUCCCAAAUCCGAGAGUACCUGCAGAGUGUUUCCUACAAAGACCGACAAAUUCUUGAGCGCUUUAUCCAUUCUCACUGUGACAUUAAGGUGGAGCCAAAUGAGAAAGGAAAACAAAGUCACAGGAAGAGACCCUGAGACCCGUGGACAGGCGCAGCUCCGGUUGUUUUCUAAGAAUCACGAAAAAAUAGCUGAAAUUUCUCCAAAUAUAUUGUGCUAGUAUGGACAUGUGUGUUGUUUUGCUAAAAUAGAAGGAUUUAAAGUUCCAAUUUUCCUCCUGACAUGUCGUUAGCUGUGUCUCAAAGGUUUUGAUGUCAUGUCUUCUUUUUUUCCUUUUAUUUAUUUUUUUAGCUUUUGGUUUCAAUCUUGAGUUCCUCUUCAGAGAAAUUUCUUUUUUUUUUUUUUUAAAUAUUUUUAUUUUCUAUAUUCUUUGUUUACAUUCCAAAUGAUUUCCCCUUUCCCGGAUCCCCCCUCCCCAUAUGUCCCAUAAACCUUCUCUCCAUCCCUUCUCCAAUCACCUCCCUCCUUUUUCUCUGUCCUUAUAUUCCCUUCCAAUGCUAGAUCAAUCCUUUCCAGGAUCAGGACCCUCUCCAUACUUCUUCAUGGGAGUUAUUUGUUAUGCGAUUUGUGCCUUGGGUAUUCAUGGCUUCUGGGCUAAUUAAUAUCCACUUAUCAGAGAUUGCAUUCCAUGUGUAUUCUUUUGUGAUUGGGUUACCUCACUUAGGAUGAUAAAAUAGAAGGAUUUAAAGUUCCAAUUUUCCUCCUGACAUGCCUUUAGCUGUGUCUCAAAGGUUUUGAUGUCACGUCUUCUUUUUUUCCUUUUAUUUAUUUUUUUUAGCGUUUGGUUUCAAUCUUGAGUUCCUCUUCAGAGAAAUUUCAAC